AUCACCUUUCUCCCGCCAUCUUGGAUUAUCACGCAGCCCACAUGGGGAAGUGGACUGACCGGCUCAAGAAAAAAUACAUCUAAGAUCAAUGAGUUGUUAGAAGAGUCUCAUAAACAAAGUUAGAACAGUGACCGAGCGAAAAAUGGAUCUUGUCAACAUUCUCGAAAAGACUGUCUCGUCCGAUCAACAAGAACUUGAAGCGGCACAGAGAUUUCUUGAACAAGCAUCGCAAUCCAACUUGCCGGAUCUGCUGCUAUCCCUGUCCGAUGUCCUCAAAAAUGCCGGAAACAGUGCAGUGGUUCGAAUGCAGGCUGGUCUUCAGCUGAAGAAUGCCUUGUACUCGAAAGAUCAAAAUAUUCGAGUUGAGUACCAACAGAGAUGGCUUCAGUUUCCAGAGGAAAGGAGGACUUUAAUUAAACAGAAUGUACUUGCUUCCCUGGGUACGGAGAGCAUCCGUCCAAGCUCGGCAGCCCAAUGUGUGGCCUACAUUGCCUGUGCCGAGUUGCCUACAGGGCUGUGGCCAGACCUUAUCACAGUCCUCACCAGCAACGUUACCAGCCCAGGAAGUACCGAGAUCAUGAAAGAGUCGGCACUCGAGGCCAUCGGCUAUAUCUGUCAGGAUAUCGACCCUGACAUUCUACAGACUCAGUCUAAUAUCAUCCUAACAGCUAUUGUACAUGGCAUGAAGAAAGAGGAACCAAGCAACUAUGUGAGGUUGGCAGCAACCAAUGCAUUGCUGAAUUCCCUCGAGUUUACCAAGGCCAAUUUUGAUAAAGAGUCUGAGAGACACUUCAUCAUGCAGGUUGUUUGUGAAGCCACUCAAUCAACAGAGUCCAGGGUGAAAGUUGCAGCGAUGCAGUGUUUGGUGAAAAUAAUGUCGCUAUACUAUAACUACAUGGAGCACUACAUGGGACCCGCCUUGUUUGCCAUUACCAUGGAGGCCAUGAAAAGUGAUGUGGAUGAGAUAGCUCUCCAGGGUAUUGAGUUCUGGUCAACCGUCUGCGACGAGGAAGUUGACUUGUCCAUAGAAUUGUCCGAGGCGGCAGAGCAGGGACGGCCCCCAGAAAGAGCAAGCAAGUUUUAUGCCAAAGGUGCCCUUCAGUACCUUGCUCCUAUCCUGCUUCAGUCCCUGACCAAGCAGGUAAUGCAUGAGGAACUUGACGACGAUGAUGAAUGGAACCCUUGCAAGGCUGCUGGUGUGUGUUUGAUGUUGAUGGCCAACUGUUGUGAAGAUGAUAUUGUUCCUCAUAUUCUACCGUUUGUAAAUGACCACAUUCGACACCCAGACUGGCGCUUCCGAGAUGCUGCUGUCAUGGCUUUUGGCUCCAUAUUGGAAGGACCUGACCCAGCCAAGCUGAAACCUGUUGUUGAACAAGCCAUGAGGAUGCUUAUUGAAUUGUUAAAAGACUCGAGUGUUGUUGUACGUGAUACUGCAGCGUGGACUGUUGGUCGUGUGUGUGAAAUGUUGCCCGAUGCCGUUAUCAAUGAACAAUGCCUAAACCCACUGUUAGUAGCGCUGGUAGAAGGCCUCACAGCAGAACCGAGAGUUUCUAGCAAUAUUUGUUGGGCAUUUUCUAGUCUAGCCGAGGCAGCCUAUGAUACUGCUGCAGAGGCGGCCGAAGAAGGCUCUGAACCCCAGACCUAUUGCCUGUCCAGCUACUUUGAAACCAUUGUAGAAAAACUAAUUAUAACAACAGAUAGGGCUGAUGGAAACCAGCACAAUUUAAGAAAUGCUGCUUAUGAAGCACUCAUGGAAAUGAUCAAAAAUAGUCCAAAGGAUUGCUAUGCAAUAGUACAGAAAACAACUUUAAUUAUCCUAGAAAAAUUGAACCGUGUUCUUCAGAUGGAGAAUAUGAUUCAGAUGUCGGCAGAUCGAGCCCAGUACAAUGACUUACAGUCACUGCUGUGUGCUACUCUACAAAGUGUCCUAAGGAAAGUUACCCCUGAGGAUGCACCAAAGAUCUCGGACCAGGUGAUGACAGCCCUGCUCAGCAUGUUCACAAGUUCUGCUGGCAAAACAGGGGGGGUGCAGGAAGACGCCUUACUGGCAGUGUCCACACUCAUAGAGGUUUUAGGAGAUUACUUUAUAAAUUAUAUGGAAGCUUUCAAACCAUUCCUGCUGAUGAGUUUGAAGAACUUUGAAGAAUACACAGUGUGUUUAGCCUCUGUAGGACUGGUUGGAGAUCUGUGUAGGGCGCUGGGACCCAAGGUUUUGACUUACUGUGAUGAGAUUAUGACCAUGCUUUUGGAGAAUCUAGGGAAUUCCACUGUCCAUCGUUCUGUGAAGCCCCAGAUUUUAUCUGCAUUUGGGGAUAUUGCCCUAGCCAUUGGUCCCAACUUCAAGCCUUACCUGGAAUAUGUGCUUAACACACUACAGCAAGCCUCACAAGCACAAGUUGACAAGACGGACUACGACAUGAUAGACUACCUAAACGAGUUACGAGAAGGAUGUUUAGAAGCCUACACCGGCAUAGUACAAGGUCUGAAAGGGGAUGGAGAAACGCCAAGCGCUGACAUUGACCUUAUCCAAGGUCAUGUGGGUCACGUCAUCUCCUUCAUAGAACACAUCGCUUUGGAUGAGGACCAUAGCGAUGACAAUAUCGCGGCCAGUUGCGGACUGAUCGGUGACCUCUGUACAGCAUUUGGUAUGAAGAUUCUACAGUUAGUUGACAAAGAACCAAUUACAGCCCUUCUGACGAAAGGACGUCGUUCUAAAGCCACUAAGGCUAAAACACUGGCAACCUGGGCUACAAAGGAGAUACGCAAGCUAAAGAACGCGGCUUCAUGAUGCUGACAUGGAAUAUCCUCUACUCCUAUGUGACAUUCGGAUACCGUAAACGUCCGUUUUGACAUCGGCUCGUCCAGCGCGACGAAUUGCAUUGAGUGAGAGAAGAGCGAGAGGGGAGAGAGAGAGAGUGUCCACAAAUAUGGCUCUGGCUGACCACCUCGUUAUCUGGGACUCCCGAGCCUCCCGAUCUCCAUGGGACAGCGGGCAGAGUUACAAACAAUUCCACAGUGCCCUCACCAGGGCUCACACUUACUGAGGAAACUCCGGGGAACACACCUAGUGAGGAAAUUCCAGGAAACACACUUAGAGAGGAAACUCUAACACUAAUUAAGGACACUUGUGAACAUUUGAGGACCUGCAAAAAACCCUGAACAUACAUAUGCGGGUAUUCAAAAAUGUGCAGUCUUUCAUUUAAAACUACAAGUUGGUUUCCUUACAAUGUGAUAAAAGACAAGUAUUGUGACAGUUCCUAAGUCACUAUGUCGCAGUUGACCGUGAAUUCACUGCAUUUUGAACACAGUUAUUUGUAUGUUUUUGCUAUUAAGUUAUGAAAAGUUUUCCAUAAUAUAUUUUGCAGAAUGUUGUAUUAACUUGUGAUAUAUUUUGCAAAUUUGACUGUUGGAGGAGUUAUCCCUGUUGAAAGAUGUGGCGAUACAUCAUUUCUCAGAUUGUGAUAUUUUUGUUUGGGAACCUAAAGUCCUAAUUUUGCAUGCAUUUACUGAGAUUUGAGAUCAAACUGUAGUUUUUUCAUGGUCAACAGCGUCUAUACACAAGACAUCCACAGAGAGAGUGUAUCCGUGCCAAGUUUUAUUGAGUGCAGUACAGUCCUUCACCAACCAAUAAAUGAAGUAGUUCAUUUGCCACUUUAUCUCCGUUAGUACUUUUCCGUAUGUAUGUGAAGUAUUCCUUAUUUGUUUACCGUUUCAUUUUGGUACCUUGUAACCUACAACUGAUCAUUUUGGCUGUAUGCAUUAGAAAAUUAUAUUCAAAGCAAACUUGAACAUUUUUCCAUUUGAUGGUUGGAGACAAUUCAUCUAAAAACUGUAAUCAUGACUAAAAAAUCUAGGGUGUGAGAUCUUGUUAACGGUUGUUUGCGGUUAAUUCCAGAGUGGUGCAGGUAUUUUCUUUGUUUAUAAUGAAAAUGUCAACUUUUCAAAUUGGGGAAGAUCAACUUAUUUUCUACCAUGUCGGUGUAUUGACAAAAUUGUUGUAUUUGAAUUAUUUUGAGGGAAAGAUAUCACUUUUAAAGCUGGAAUGAAAUCUUAAAUAAUCUGAAGUUUGCUGGACUGUGAAAUUAUUUUACUGAAUACAUUUCUAAGUGAUCCUAUCCAUGCAUGCAUAAAGCCAAAUAUGAGAGUGAAAUUCCUAAAUUGUUCAUUCCUCUUUUCUGUUAUCUGUUAGCCCUUUAAAUCUUGAGGACUGGUUCUAUACAAUGCAGAUUCCAUUUCUGUGCUCUUCAAGAGCUCUAUAUUUUCUAUACUAGUGCUAAUGAACAGAAGUGCUGAAAUUUUCGGGUGUUGUAUUUUUUGCUUAAUUUGUUUUUGUCAUUUUGUAAGCAGAAUGACACCCAAAUUUUAACAUUGUCAAAAAAAUCCAAUAUAAAGCUCAUUAAUAUAAAGGCUUUAGUAAAUAUCU